ACAUGAGAAGAGAGCUUCUGAUGGUAUUUGCAAGAUACUGAAGAGUGCUGAAGAAAAUGCUAUAUCCUGCGUCAGGCUGUUCUGUUGUUUGUGCAAGUACUUGUGGAUGUAUUGAGGCCAACGUAAUUAUAGAAAGAGAAGCUUGUCAAUGUAAUCUGGGAGAAGGUCGAGCUUAAAGAACUUCAGCAUCAAUACUGAAGCCAAGAACCAGAAUCAGUGCGUCCAGUGGAACUUGUGAGCUCAUUCUGGCAACCUAUCAUGAGCAGGUCCGACUCUGGAUCUUAUCUGGCUGAGAGUUCUCCUGAUGCAUCAUGUCUUAUGUUAUGCUGAUAAAGUAUGAGUUGAACCCAGUGGUAAACCGGGGAUAUGCGAUCACCUCAGCUCAAAUGAAGAUGGCGGAGCUGGACGCUAUCAAGAAGAUAAUAGUAACAUGGAGAGUACGAUGGAUGUGCAGAGAGCAGCAUUCUGAAAGUGAAACUUGGGAAGAUGUUGAUGGACUUGCAAGCCGCCGGUGCAUCUCGGAAACUAGAAGCGUUUGGCCGUCAGUUCCCACCCAUUUCGUUGUUCAAAUCCAGAGAGCUAGAGUACCCACAUGUUCCUGACUCAGCGCAGCAGCAUCUGCUCUGCUCUCCUCCCACGGAGGAAUCUAGGUUUUUUGCAAGGUCGACGGACUGCUCGUUCAUCCUUCAUCUGGAGUCAGGACAGCUAGAAUCACAUUGGGCAGCCGGCACUAUACUAAUCCGCAUCAUCACAAUAUGGAGAAGGUGAGAUCACAGAAAAAGAUGCUCGCGUGUGGUGUGUCAUGGUUGUCACUCAGACAGUGAUGUCAAUUGCCAAGCAGAGUGGAGCAAUAUAUAAAUCUAUAAAAAUGGCAAGAUUGUUCAAUGGUUGCUCACAUAGAUGAAGAGAUUAGAAGCCAAGUGCAGCAAUUUGACACCUCAUAUGCCAUCUAAGCUGGAAACAAGCUCUCUUUUGUUUUUUCCCUCUCUGAAACCAAAGUUUUCUACCAUUUUGUAAUGUUUGCUUAACAAUUCUUAAUCUCUAACCGACAACGGCAUACAACGAAGGGAAGGGGGAAAACAAAAUGAAAAAUGUAAUGUCUAAGUACUAGGCCGCUCGGCACCGACUUGGAGCCCAGGCCCAGAAAACAAACGCAUCUGCUCCAACGGUCGCCAGGUCCAACCCCACAACUGAGCGCGAAGAAAGAUGGAGCAAGAAGAAAGAUGGAGCAAGAAGCCAAGAACCCCCAUACUCCGGUCGGCUGCCCUUCCGUCUACCGAUCAAGAUCAAGAGCAAUCAGGAGCCGCAGCGCCUUCCGUCGGGCGCUUAUUAUUGCCUGCCGACGAAGAGUUAUUGCCUGCCGACGAAGAGGAGGAUCGUUCACCUUGCUCCUCACGCCGACGCCGCGACCCCCUUACCCCACCCACCACGAAGAAGAAUUCACGGUGGCGGGCGGGCGCCGUUGUCGUGGAUCAGCGAGGAAAGGCUCGCCCCCACCAAGAAUACUUGAGGCGGCGGGCGGACUCCAUUGCCAUCCCGAAGAAUCAAGGAAGGAAAGCUUGUCUCAUCUACGGCCAACGGCGAUGGCCAAGAAGAAGAAACUGAUUGGCGCAAAGGACGCUUCUAUCCGUGCUAUGCCCAGGAAUACUGUGUCCCUCAUCUCGGACGGAAUGCCUGAGCAGUAUCUACGAACGAAACUAUGAGCGAUGCAUGAGCUACCUCAGGUAUUAGAUGCUCUGCAACACUGCCUACCCUAGGAUUUUGAGGUCCCUCUGGCGAACUCAUCGUGACUCCUACGAGAGUCCAGACCUUAUAUAAAUCUUAUAAUAUAUUUAUGCUAUUUACUUGUAAAGCAAAAACAAAUAUAUUGAUAUCUUUUUAAUUUAAUGAUGAGAACUGAGGUGUU